AUGCCAACGCAUCCUGAGACGGACCCCGCGCCUCAAGGGAGAAACCUUCUACGUUCUGAAAGACCUCCCCCCGGAGGACCGAGUCCGAAUGAGGCAAGCUGUCUGCGAGCUGCGAACUCGACGCGCAAAUGGAGAAACAGAUCUACACAUAGUGGAUUUUCGCGUAGUCAAGAAAAUUCAGAGAGCUCGAUGGAGGCCAAUCCUCCUUCUUCCAGGACCUCAAACAUAAAGAAUGGACUACGGGUAAUACUCGCAAAUGUGCGCAGUCUCAGAAACAAGCUAGAUGAGAUUCCACUCCUUAUCACUGAACAGCAACCGGACCUAAUGGCGUUCACCGAAACCUGGCUUUCAUCUGACAUAUCUGACUCGGAGGUUCAUGUUUCAGGAUAUCAGCUACUUCGAUGCGAUCGCUUUGGUGGGAGGUCUGGAGGCGGAGUAAUCCUCUACACAAAGAACUACCUCAAGGCCCACAUCGUCGAACCCGACUGUGACAAGGAUGAUAUGUCGGAAAUGCUCUGGUGCCGAAUUCAUGACGGAUACCAGUCGCUGAUGGUCGGGGUGGUCUACAGAGCCCCUGCAGCACUUGGCUCACACUUACUACGUUCCGUGCGAACCAACAGCAGAGGAACAAAUUGUCUCCUUAUGGGGGACUUCAACGCCCCCAACGUGAUCUGGGACCUACUUCACAGUGAUCUCUCACCUGACUCCUUUGAAGUUGCUCUCCUUGAUACCGUUCAUGAGUGCAACCUGACACAGCAUGUCCUGACACCAACGCGAAUGAUCCCUGGUCAGACACCAAACAUUCUCGACCUGGUUCUCACCUCGACACCAUCUGAUGUCUCAGAUCUAACGAUCCUCCAACCUCUUGGUACGAGUGAUCAGUGUACAGUCUCCUUUUCGUGGACACGACGCCUCACAAUCCACGAUCAGGGGACACUGCGUCGAAAUUUCUGGCGUACUGACCGGCCCAGAUUAAGAACGACUGCAAGUAACAUGGACUGGAGUAUCCCGCAAUCCUUAGAGCUUGAUGACGCAUGGGAACGCCUACGAUCUAUGAUGAUGCGGCUCGUUGAACAGUUUGUUCCAAACUGCAAGAGCAGACCACCAUCCAAAGGACCCCCAUGGAUUGAUAAAGAAGUAAGAUCCCUAAUGAAAAAACGUCGAAAACUAUGGGAUCAUUUCAAAAGCACAGGACAGACAUCAAGCUACUUAGAGUACAAAACUGUCAGAAACCUAUGCACCCUGAGAAAACGAGACAAAAGACUACAAUAUGAACAUAGACUGGCCAUGGACUCCCAAAACUGUCCCAAGAAACUUUUUGCCUACUUGAAGCGAAAUGCCAAAACUGGUAGUGGAAUCCCCGCUCUAUCCUCUUUUAAGGAAGGUACCGUCCUCUACGGUGAUGAUGAAAAAGCAAAUCUAUUGGCUGCGCAAUAUUCCUCGGUCUACUCAGUGGAGUCACCAUUGCUCAACAACUGUUUGCCUGCACACCACUCCUCUAUGGACGAAGUUGAAAUUAACCCCGAAGUAGUCACUAAGCUACUUCUCGAACUGGACCCGAACUCCUCCCCAGGCCCGGACGGAUUGCAUCCCAGUUUCCUCAAAACGAUAGCUGAGUACGUCGCCGUCCCUCUCUGCCAAGUGUUUCGGCAAUCCCUCGAAGUCGGCUGCCUACCCACAGGCUGGAAAGCAGGCACCGUCCUGCCCAAAUACAAGGGGGGAAACAAACAAGACCCGGCCAACUACCGGCCAAUAUGUCUGACGUCAGUCGUAUGCAAAAAUAUGGAACGGAUAGUCAAGUGCGCUCUCCAGCUACACUGUGAGCAUCUAAACCUCAUCACACCUGCUCAACAUGGAUUCCGGAGAGCACGCUCAUGCAUCACUAACUUACUCAUCGCCAGGGAAACAUGGGCAGAAGCCAUAGAUACACGAAAACGGGUCGACGUAAUAUUCAUUGACUUUAGCAAAGCCUUUGAUAAGGUUCCACACGUACGACUGCUACAUAAACUCCAGGGAAUUGGCAUUACAGGAAAUCUUCUCUCCUGGAUUGCCGAUUUCUUAAGGGGUAGGACAAUGCGCGUACAAGUGAACCAAACCCUCUCUGCUCCAGUGCCCAUGACUAGUGGCAUUCCCCAAGGAUCAGUGCUUGGACCAGAGCUCUUCAAACUAUACAUUAACGAUCUACCGACUGCGCUACAAACCGACUGCUUGAUCUACGCCGAUGACCUCAAACUUUGGUCAACAGUAUCCAGCAUUGAGGAUGUGGAUAGAUUACAAGGGGCUCUAGACCAGCUACACGAAUGGUCCAUCAAGUGGGAACUGCCAGUAAACCGAGAUAAAUGCGCUGUUCUCCCAAUGGGUGGCACCGAACCUUACGGUGCAUACCACAUUGGUGGGUUUCUCCUUAGGAAUACCACCCACGAGAGAGAUCUCGGGGUUAUCGUGACUUCUGACCUUAGAACGACGCAGGACACGUUAAAGAAGGUGGCCACUGGAAGGAGACUGGUAGGUGCCUUAAGAAGAUCAUUCGCUCGAAUGACUCCCGAGAUUUUUCGACCGUUGUUCACUUCGUACGUCCGUCCAGUCUUAGAAUAUGGCCUACCAGCUAGCUAUCCGCUUUCAAAGUUUGAAAGCGCUGUGCUGGAAAAGGUUCAGAGACGUGCAUCAAAAGCUGUUCUGGGGCUACGUGAUCUCCCGUACCCCAUUCGACUCCAGAAGCUAAAUCUGUUCUCCCUCGAGCUCCGCCGUCGCCGGGGUGACCUCAUCUACACUAGACGCAUCCUCCGAGGGGAACUUGGAAGUGAGUUACAACAAUUCUUCCGGCCCAACACUGACUGUUCCACCCGAGGGCACACAUGGAAUCUCUUUAAGCAAAGAAGACACAAAAUUCGCAAGGACGUCACCCUAUCCACUAGAGUGGUGAAUGACUGGAACAGCUUACCGGAAGCAAUUGCAGACGCUCCAUCCGAGGAAAGUUUCAAGCGGCUGCUAGACAUACAUUCGCUGAAAAUGCUGGAAUCUUGCGGCUGUCACAGCAAUUACGACGAACCCUCGAGGAACGUCGUAACACAACGACACGCAUCAAACCCA